AUGAAUAAUUUGAAACUGGAUAUCAAAUCGCCAAGAGAGCGACUGUUGGAAGAAAUACGCAAACGUCGACCAAUUGAACCAGACUCGGAUGUUGAAAGUAUUAAUGUAUCACAAAAUAACCCAGUGGCACAACAACAAAAUAAAUCUCAUUCAUUAUGGAAAUAUAUUUUGAUUUCAAUAUCAGUUAUUAUAUGUGUUGUGUGUUUUUUUCUAAUCACUGGAAUUAUUGUUUAUAUGAGUAGUUGGUCAAAAUCUACUACCACUACUACACCUAUAUUGAAUUUCACAUCUCUCAAUUCAAGUGUAGGCUAUUGGGUCGAUGUGUUUGCUUUCAAAGAUUCGGAUGGCGAUACAAUUGGGGAUUUAAAUGGUUUAUCAUCUGAAGUUGAUUAUAUUAAAAGUGUAAUUCGUUCAGGAUUCGUGAUACUAAGUCCUAUUACUAAAGGAUUCUAUACUAAUUCUCACAAUAUGAUUGGAUUAGUUGAAGAUUAUGUAAAGCUGGAUGAAGCUAUUGGUUCAAUGAAUAAUUUUCAACAUCUUUUAAAAAUAUUUCAUGAAAAAGAUUUGCGAGUUAUUUUAACAUUCGAUUUCAAUUCAAUAUCUAUCGAUCAUAAAUGGAUUAAAGAAAACCGGGUCAAAUUACAAAUGUUCAAAGAUGGCGCAGAUCAUAAAAUAUCAAGAUAUGGAAAACCAUUGAAUGUUGAUAUUCAAGGUCAAUUGUAUUAUUCCGUAUUCGGACCACCAACUGUAGACUUAAAUUUAACUGAUCAUCAAACGCAGAAAGUGAUAUUUGAUGUCAUUCGUUAUUGGAUAGGAAUAGGAAUUGAUGGCAUCCUAUUAGACAAUGCUGCAUAUUUCAUUGAACAAGGAAAGUCAAAUAAAGGACAAAAGAAGCAACAGUUUUCUUGUCCACAAAGAGAAGAAAUGUAUACACAUGGAAAUGUAGAGUUCGUCAGAAGAAUUAAACACGAGAUCAAUAAAUCGAUGAAAUCAACUGGGAGAGAAAUAUUGUUAGGUGUAUACGCUGGAAAUACAUGGUGUGAUUUGACUGGUCGACCUGAUCCAAUGUUGAUGUUUCGUAAUGUGGCCGAUUUCAUCAUUAUCCGUGAAUUUCUUCCUAACAGAGGUUGUAAAGAAACGUUUCCUCCUUCAAAAAAACUAACCUGCAAAUAUCAGAGUUAUCCAAAUGCUGUAAAAAAUAAAUUAGGCUUAACUGUAUCUACUACAAGUUUUCCUCCUAUGAAAGAUGUACUGACUCUAGCUGCCUCAUUAUUAUUACCAGGAAUACCGAUUAUUUAUUAUGGUACUGAACUUGGUAUGACUAGUUUAGUUAGACGACGUCGUCCGGAACAUUUAUAUCCAAAAGGUAAAACUUAUCUAAAUGAUGAUUCUUCCGAUUAUGACGCAAUACUAUCGCAUCAACCAAUGCCAUGGGAUAAAACUGGAAAGAGAUUUUCAAAAGCUAUAAAAGAUGCCAGCUUCAAAGAUUACACAGAUAAAUUUAUCAAAAGUGAACUUGUCGAAAAUGUAACUAGGAAGCAAUCUGAACGAACAGUUUACGCUCUUGUUCAAAAACUGAUGGAUUUACGUCAACUUCCAACUUUCAAAUGGGGAACAAUGGAGGAAUUGAACACUUUCAAUGAUAUUUCGAAUUAA